UCAACCUAAGAUUCUCAAUCAUAAACCAUUUAGAAGAACCUUUCUCUAUAUCCACUACCUCUCGCUAAGAGUCCCCCAGCUUUCAAACUUUGUUAUAAAGGAACACAAAAUACAGACAAUGCCGUGAAGACAAUAAUGUUGUCUUCCUGAGAAAUUGCUCGAAGUUUCAGUAUUUUGAUGUUUUGUGCAGCAAUAUCUUAACUGCCAAAACUACGAGCUCCACAAGCAUAAAACGCAGCCACCUUUCUAGCAUUUUAAUGGCUACCAUGUUCUUGAAAUUAACUUGUUUACGCAGGGAGAAUUGUGGGGACCUGCUGGCAAGGCCACACUAUCCAUCGAUGCCAAAGUAUCCGAAAGGCGUGGCAGGGGACGUGAAGGGAACAGAGGUGAAGGCAAUGUUUUCAGUCGAAGGGAUGACAUGUUCUGCUUGCGCUGGUUCAGUUGAGAAAGCUAUCAAAAGGCUUCCUGGAAUUCUUGAAGCCGUCGUUGAUGUCUUGAACAAUAGGGCUCAAGUCCUGUUUUACCCCAGUAGUCUUGUUAAUGAAGAAACUAUUCGUGAGACUAUUGAAGAUGCUGGAUUUCAAGCCACAUUGAUUGAAGAUGAGAUCAAUGAAAGAUCCAGUCAAGUAUGCAGAAUUCAGAUCAAUGGAAUUAGAUGCACUUCGUGCUGCUGUACAGCUGAAAUAGUUCUGCAAGCAAUUCAUGGUGUACAAAGAAUCCAGGUGGCCUUGGAAACCGAAGAGGCUGAAGUUUACUAUGAUCCAAAGAUCCUGAACUACAACCACCUACUAGAAGCCAUGGAAGAUAUAGGAUUUCAAACCAUGCUUGUUAGCGCUGGAGAAGACGUGAGCAAGAUAGAUCUUAAAGUUGAUGGUUUAGGGGCAGGUCAUUCAAUGCAAAUAAUAGAAAAUUCUCUUCAAACACUUCCAGGAGUUCAAGUAAUCGAGAUAGACCCUGAACUCGAUAAAGUUUCCAUCUCUUACAAACCAAGUAUGACAGGUCCUAGAAAAUUCAUCAAAGCCAUUGAAUCAGCUGGGUCUGAAAAUUUCAAGGCACUUGUAUAUCCACAAGGAGAAGAGAAAGAAAGUCACAGACAAGAUGAAAUCAAGCAAUACCGUAGCACCUUCUUAUGGAGUUUGGUUUUCACAAUUCCUGUGUUUCUAAUCUCCAUGGUAUUUAUGUAUAUCCCCAUAAUUAACUGUCAGCUAGACACCAAAGUAGUCAAUAUGCUAAAUGUAGGAGAGGUAUUGAAAUGGAUGCUAUCCACCCCAGUGCAAUUCAUUAUAGGCCGGCGAUUCUAUACUGGAUCUUAUAAGGCAUUGCGGCGCGGUUCAGCUAACAUGGAUGUUUUGAUUGCUUUAGGAACCAAUGCAGCCUACUUCUAUUCAGCCUACUCAGUACUGAGAGCUGCUGGCUCUCCAGAUUUUGAGGGUACCGAUUUCUUCGAGACUAGCUCAAUGCUAAUCUCAAUUAUUCUUCUUGGGAAGUACCUCGAGGUAAUGGCUAAGGGAAAGACAUCUGAGGCCAUUGCCAAGCUUAUGGACUUGGGACCUGAGACGGCAAUAUUAUUAACGCUGGAUGAUUAUGGGAACAUUUUAAGCGAAGAAGAAAUAGACAGUAGGCUGGUACAAAAAAAUGAUGUGAUCAAAAUUCUUCCCGGUGCAAAAGUUGCUUCAGAUGGUCUUAUCAUCUGGGGGGCAAGCCAUGUGAAUGAGAGCAUGAUAACAGGAGAAGCAAUACCAGUGAAGAAGGGGGUGGGUGACCCUGUGAUUGGAGGCACUUUAAAUGAAAAUGGGGUACUGCAUAUUAAAGCAACGAGGGUUGGAUCAGACAGUGCCCUUUCACAUAUUGUUCGGCUUAUUGAAUCAGCUCAAUUGGCUAAAGCUCCGGUGCAGAAAUUUGCUGACACUAUAUCCAAAUACUUUGUGCCUCUGGUCAUCAUUCUUUCAUUUUCAACUUGGCUAACCUGGUUUUUAGCUGGAGUGUUCCAUGGCUAUCCAAAAUCAUGGAUACCACAUUCCAUGGAUAGCUUUCAGCUCGCACUCCAAUUUGGAAUCUCUGUCAUGGUCAUAGCCUGCCCAUGUGCUCUUGGAUUGGCCACUCCGACUGCUGUGAUGGUUGGUACAGGAGUUGGAGCAUCUCAAGGUGUUCUAAUCAAAGGGGGGCAAGCAUUAGAAAGUGCACAUAAGGUGAACUGCGUCAUCUUUGACAAAACUGGAACUCUUACAAUUGGAAAACCAGUGGUGGUCAAAACAACACUGUUGAAAAGCAUGGUACUUCAAGAUUUUUAUGAACUCAUUGCAGCAACUGAGAUGAAUAGUGAGCACCCUUUGGCCAAGGCUAUUGUAGAAUACGCAAAGAAGAUCAGAGAAGAUGAAGAAGACCCUGUUUGGCCUGAAGCAAGAGCUUUUGAGUCCAUUACUGGCUAUGGAGUGAAAGCAACUGUCAGAAACAAGGAAAUAAUAAUUGGAAACAAGAGCUUAAUACUGGACCAGAACAUUGCUAUUCCAGUUGAUGGAGAACUGAUGCUUGCCGAAACUGAAACAAUGGCUCAAACUGGGAUUUUAGUAUCUAUUGACCGGGAAGUGACUGGAAUUCUAGCCAUAUCAGAUCCUUUAAAACCUAGUGCCUGUGAAGUCAUUUCGAUUCUCAAGUCCAUGAAAGUUAGGAGCAUCAUGGUCACAGGUGAUAAUUGGGGAACUGCCAAUUCAAUUGCGAAGGAAAUUGGGAUUGAAACUGUUAUUGCAGAAGCCAAGCCUGAGGAGAAAGCUGAGAAAGUGAAGGAAUUACAGGCUACAGGCUUUACAGUGGCCAUGGUAGGUGAUGGUGUAAAUGAUUCGCCAGCACUUGCAGCAGCCGAUGUUGGAAUGGCAAUUGGUGCAGGCACAGAUAUUGCUAUAGAGGCAGCUGACAUAGUUCUGAUGAAGAGCAAUUUGGAGGAUGUGAUUACUGCUAUAGACCUAUCUAGGAAGACCUUUUCCCGGAUUCGCCUAAACUACAUAUGGGCUUUGGGGUAUAAUCUCAUUGGCAUCCCGGUAGCUGCCGGGGCGCUUUUUCCUGGCACCGGACUCCGUUUACCACCAUGGGCUGCUGGAGCUGCAAUGGCAGCAUCUUCAGUCAGUGUGGUUCUGUGCUCCCUCUUAUUGAAGAAUUACAGAAGGCCCAAGAAACUGGAAAAUCUAAAUAUUCAUGGAAUAAAGAUUGAGUGAUUAAUAGCACUAGUUUCGACUCAGGUUUUCUGAAUAGAUGUUGAUCAGGAGUUGAUUGAGAGCAAUGUAGACGAUACGUAGAAAACGUUGCCAAUUGACUAGUGCUCCAUGAGAUAUUAUAUGAAGGAAAUUUGCAAGAAAGAUUUUAAACAA